AUGAGUCUCUUAACUUUUAACCGUCCUUUCACUUAUGCCAUAUUGGUCUCCAUCUUUUUCAUUUCCCACGUUCUUUCGUUCUGCCCGACCGGUUCUUUUGAAUUGCCAUCGGAGAAUGUCUGUGCCAUUCCCUAUGCAACACCCCAAUAUUACCUCCAGGCCGAUCGCCAAUGUAGGAGCGUCGGAGGAAUGGUUUCGAAGAUUCAAAAUAGUUUUGAAAACGCAUAUCUAUCGGCUAUGAAUGUACAAGAUUUUAAUUCACAACCACCAUAUAUCGGCGUUGAAAGGAAUUCAAACGGAGCAUGGGUCUAUGCUGAUGGAUCGCCAAUCACUUACUCGAAUUGGGCGCCAGGAGAGCCAAAGAACGGGACUGCAUUGUGUGCCAUUCUUGAUCCAAAAACAGCCAAGUGGAAUACAUCGGAUUGCAAUGUGGGAAGACCGUUCUUUUGCACUGUGAAUGAGAAUGGUGGUCCCUGCCCAAAUCACUGGGCCUAUUUGCCGUACACCGACUCAUGUUAUUACCUGCAAGAUUUUACCUACAGUAAUGGUGUGAACUGGACUUCGUACACUUCCUCAGAAGCCGAAUCAAAAUGCCAACAAAUGGGCGCACAUCUAGCUUCGGUUCAUUCGGAUACAGAGAUGAACUUUCUCUAUUCGUUGACGAUUUCAAACAUACAAAAUCUCGCUUUUCCGAUCACUAAUCAUUGCCUUUACGGUGGAGCCUGGAUAGGAUAUUAUGGGACUGGAGUUGUGGGAAAUGGGAAUUGGACUGAUGGAUCGAGAGUUGAUUACGUUGUCCCUAUCUUCUCCCAUCCUGGAGCACCUCAGUACUGGGCCAUUAUCAAUGACCCAUCAUGCGACAGACAAUAUUGGGAUUAUUGGAGCGAUCAAGGUAAAACUGCUCGAUUCGUGUGCAAAACGCCCGCCAGCAGUAUGAUCAAAAACAAAAACCUUGUAAAA